GAACUCAUUAACUCUCAAGUUUGACAAAAUGGCCACCCCUUCUCUUCAAUCCCCAAUAGCCAAAAAGCUAGAAGGUAAGAUAGCAAUUAUAACUGGUGGUGCUAGUGGCAUAGGACUAGCUACAGCUAGACUUUUUAUUCAACAUGGUGCAAAAGUAACAAUUGCAGAUAUUCAGGACGACCUUGUAAAUUCAUUAGUAAAAGAAAAUGAACACCUAAUGUUCGUCCAUUGUGAUGUCGCGAUUGAAUCAGACGUUCAAAAUGUGGUUGAUGCAACGGUUGCCAAAUUUGGUAAGCUUGACAUAAUGUUCAGUAACGCUGGUGUAGCUGGUAAGUCGAUUUCCAGUAUUUUAGACGUAGAUACCGAUAUAAUUAAAAACGUGUUCGAUGUAAAUGUCGUUGGGGCAUUUUUAUGCGCGAAACAUGCUGCUAGAGUGAUGAUUUCGAGUCAUACAAAAGGUUCAAUUAUUUUCACGACAAGUGCGGCAACGGUAGUAUAUGGUAUCGUCCCACAUUCUUAUGCGGCAUCAAAAAGUGCGGUUUUAGGGCUCUGUAAAAACAUCGGAGUCGAAUUAGGAAGAUACGGAAUAAAAGUUAAUUGCGUUUCUCCUCAUUAUAUAAGCACAAAACUUGCGUUGGACGCGCUCGGAAUAGACGAGAGAGAAAAGGCAGAGAGAUGGUUUGGUGAAGGGGGGAAUUUGAAAGGAGUUUUAUUGGAGGAACAAGAUGUAGCAAAUGGAGUGUUGUAUUUGGCAAGCGAUGAUUCCAAAUAUGUGAGUGGUUUGAAUUUAGUUAUUGAUGGUGGUUAUAGUACUACAAAUGUGGCUUUGGGUGAGGCCUACAAGAAAUUGUUCCCUUCUGGUACAACCAAUCAAGUUAUGCAGAUUCUUAUUUAAAUUUGUGAGACAUUUAAUCUGGUCCGUUUUGUAUUGUUUUCUAGCCUUAUAAUUGUCACUGUCUUACUUUAUGUACACGCUCUUUUCUUUUUUC